GUUUGAGAGCAUGACUUCUUCCAUGGCCUUUCAAUUAGGAGCUUCUUCCUCUUCUUCAUCUUCUUCAUCUCCUUCCAUCAGUUCAUGGAAUCAUGAUGUAUUCUUGAGCUUUAGAGGUAAAGAUGUUCGCCACAAGUUUAUUUCUCAUCUAGAUCGUGCUUUACUUCAAAGUGGAAUCAAGACUUACAAAGAUAGCAUCGACCUUGAAAGAGGAGAGGAAAUUCUAUCAGAACUUUUCAAAGCUAUUGAAGAGUCACAGAUUUCGAUUAUUGUAUUCUCUAAAAACUAUGCUGAAUCCAGAUGGUGCUUAGACGAGCUAUUGAAAAUUCUUGAGUGGAAGAAAAUAAUGAAACAAAUUGUUCUACCAAUAUUCUAUAAAGUAAAACCAUCGGAAGUACGAAAACAAAAAGGAAGAUUUGGAGAAGCAUUCACUAAACUUGAAGAGAAAAUCAAGGAUGACAUAAAGUCGCCGCUGGAAUCCUGGAAGAAAGCUUUAGAAGAAGUAGCUAAUUUGUCUGGGUUGGAAUAUUUAGCCGGGGAUGAUGAGUCAGAAUUUAUCCAAAAAGUCAUUUUGUGGGUGAACCCAAAAAUAGUAAAUCGAACACCUUUAAGUGUUGCCAAGCAUCCAAUUGGAAUAGAAUCUCGUAUACGAGACAUUUAUCAGCAUUUAAGUAUCGAAAGGAAUGAUAUUAUACUCGUGGUAGGGAUAUUCGGAACUGGUGGAAUUGGGAAGACAACUAUUUCAAGCGAUAUUUAUAACAAGAUGUCUUCUCAAUUUGAAGGAAGUUGUUUCUUGAGAAAUAUUAGAGAAAUUUCAAAACAAGUGGGAGGCCUGAUUCACCUACAAAAUACACUUCUUUUCGAGAUCUUAAGAACAAAAUUGGAUAUUAAUGAUGUUGAUAGAGGAGUUGGUGUAAUUUGGCAUAGACUUCAAUCUAAAAGGAUUCUAUUAAUUCUUGAUGAUGUGGAUGACAUGGUCCAACUAGAAAAAUUAGCUGGAGAUCGUGCUUGGUUUGGUUCAGGAAGUAGAAUCAUCAUAACAACAAGAGAUCAACAUUUAUUAAAUAUCUUUAAAGUUGAUUCAAAAUACGAGGUGAUGACUUUGGAUGACAAUGAAGCUCUUGAGCUGUUUAGCUUGUAUGCUUUCGAGGAAAAAGAACCGUUGAGGGAUUAUGUGGACCUCUCUAAACAAGUGACAAAAUAUGCUCAAGGCCUUCCACUAGCUUUAAUAGUGCUAGGUUCGGAUCUAAAAUGCCAAAAUAUACAUCAAUGGAAAAGUGCAUUGGAUAAGUAUAAAAACAUUCCCCACCAAAACAUUCAGAGAGUACUUCAAAUAAGUUAUGAUAGUUUGGAAGAUAGCGAGAAAGACAUAUUCCUUGAUAUUGCAUUUUUCUUCAAAGGAGAACCUUUGGCUGAUGUCGUGGAAAUAUUUGAAAGUUGCCAUUUUUUUCCGGUUCAUGGUAUCCAGAAGCUUAUAGACAAGUGUCUUAUUACUGUUAAUGAUUGUGAUGAUAAAUAUGUUUGGAUGCAUGACUUGCUACAAGAUAUGGGUAAAGAAAUUGUUCGAGAAAAAUCAUCCAAAGAUCCUAGCAAACGCAGUAGAUUGUGGUUUCACGAGGAUGUUCGUCAAGUGUUGGAAGAAGAUUAUAUGGGGCCAAACCAAAUUGAAGGCAUAGUAGUAGAUUUACCUGAAGGCGAUGAGGAGAUAAGCUUGCAUCCGGAAGCAUUUCGACAUAUGAAAAAACUUAGAGUGUUUAUAAAUCGUAAUGCACGUUUUUCUUGUGCACCCAAUUAUCUCUAUGACAAGUUAAGAGUCCUUGAUUGGUAUAACUAUUCUUUAUCAUAUUUGCCACAAAAUUUUCAAGGGAAGAAUCUCAUUGUCUUUAGAAUGCGUCAUAGCCUCAUCAAGAAGUUUGGGGACGGAUUCAAGCCCAAGAAUUUGACGAUCAUGGCUUUCAAGUCUUGCAGUCACUUAAUAGAAAUUCCGGAUCUUUCAAGCACUUCUAAUUUGAAGGAAUUGACAAUCGAAUCUUGUCACAGACUAGUUAAGGUGCAUGAUUCCGUUGGAUCCCUAGAAAAGCUUUCUGAUCUGAGUUUUGGGAAAUGCUCUAAACUCCGAAUGCUUCCAAGAAGCCUUAAGUUGAGAUCUUUACGCAAGCUUAGUCUUCGUAACUGCUCAAGCCUUCGUGAUCUUCUUGAAAUCGAGUGUAAAAUUAAGUCUUUACGUAGAUUGGUUCUAUAUGGCUCUGCAGUAGAAGUACUACCUCUAUCCAUCGGGAACCUCGUUGGACUUGAGGAAUUAUAUCUAUCGUACUGCCAAAACCUUAUGUGUCUCCCAAUUGCUUCCAUCCAGUUGAAACAUUUAGGCAAGCAUGGUAUUGGUGGUUGUACAAAUAUUGUAAAGAAGAUGAGGGAGGAUGGACAAUCCUGUGAUCUUCCUAAUGAUUCUACAACAGUGGAAGAAGAGAUAUCAAAUUCAAGCAAUGGGAGCACUGCAUUACAACUAUCAAAUCUUCAAAUUAGUUGUUCCCAUUCAGAAUCAAAUUUCUUUCCACUAUACAGUUUCUUUACCAUGUUUAAUUCCUCGACCAGUUUGCGUUCGUUAUAUCUAGCGGGGCUUGAAAUUGUUAGCCUUCCCACCAGCAUCAAAGGAUUCGUUACACUAGCUCAUCUUAACUUGAGCCAUUGUAAGAAACUCGAAGAAAUACUACAGCUUCCACCAAAUAUAAGACGAGUAGAUGUUGAGGGAUGCAAGUCACUAGAAAGAUUUGGAGAAGUAUCAAAAAUAUUGGAAUUCAAUGGAAGCCACAUCCGAUCGCUAGGAAUAAUUGGAUUAACCGGCUGCGACAAAAUGCAUGUGAAUAUAUGGAGUGAUAAAGUGCAAAAUCCUUUAUUGUGGAAGGGACUCUAUGAUUAUGAUGCUACUUUGUUUCCUAAAACUCAUAUUCCAGACUGGUUCAGUUAUGUUCAUGAGUUUUUAAAAGAUAAUGAAAUGGUGAAGGGGCCUGAUGAUCAUAUCGGACCGAGGGAAAAAGAAGAGUGGGUAAUAGAUAUUGAGGGGCCACACUAUUUGGAGGAGAUAAGCGGAAUUGUAUUAUAUGUCGUAAUAUUUUUAUUUUUUAAUGAUACUAUGAGGUGUAAGAGAAUUUGUCGUGCUGCUAAGAUAACCAGUAACGGCUCAAAUGAUGUAUGCCGUAUUCAAGAUGGGGUACAAUUGGUUAAUAUUGAUUGGUACAAAAAGGGAAAUAGGACUGGAUAUCAUGUAUGGGUGGGGUACUCCAAUUUACAAUCUUUUGACCUCAAGGUUUUGGACAAUUUGCGAGUUCAAUUUUAUCCCAAAAGUCAUCUUUAUGCUGGGAUGGUGCCGUUUUAUGAAAGUUAUAGAGCCAAAGUGGUAUACAAGAAUGAAAGGAGAGCAAAUAAAAAAAAAGAAGAAGAGAUGAAGCCAAUGUUGCAAAAACUCCUGAUCAACAGAAAUUCAAUUAAUGAUAACCCCAAGUAAAUAGUAUGUCGGAUGCAUUGAAGCAGGGCCACGAUGAUAGUAUGUCGGAUGCAUUGAUGCAGGGCCAUGUUGAUAGCAUGCCGGAUGCAUUGAGGCAGGGCAACUAUCAUAUAAAAAGAUGCUUUUUGAGGUUUGUUGCAACAGGCAAAAGGGUAAUGAAAUCCCAGAACUUACUGGAGGAAUUGAAUAAAUUAAUAGAAGACAAGGGAGACUCAUGAGAGGUUUUGGAGGGCCUACUUGGUUACAUCCUGUGUUCCACCCAGGAGGCAACAUUUGUUCCACCAUAUGUUGCUCUUGCCAUAAGACGAAAUCCCGGAUUCUGGGAAUUUGUUAAGGUGAACUCCGAGGACUUGUCAGUAGACGCUAUUACUGCUUCGGAAUACUUGAGAUUCAAAGAAGUGGUCUUCGAUGAAAACUGGUAAUUAAGUGUGACUUGGGAGAGAAACUGACAUGAUAAACUUGCAUAUAGCAGAGUGAGAAAACCAUUGGGAAGAUGAUUUUGCAAUGACUGGAAAUUAUCAUGUAGUUUUCUUGAAAACAUGGAUUUGUAUAACCCUGAAAUUUAUGUAUUUUAACAAAAAAUAUUUGAGUUUUUUCACUCUCAUGAACUUGGUACUUGAUCUUGUUGAUAAAAAAAAUUGCUAUAUGAGAUGUGAUGUGCCAGGGCGAAUGAUGAAAAUGCCUUGGAGAUAGAUUUUGGAGUCAUUGACUUAUCCACUCCUCGCAUGACCCUUGCUUCAUCUAUCGGAAAUGGUGUCAGCUUCAUCUCAAAGUUCGUGACCUCAAGGCAACAUGGGAAUCCUGAGAGUGCAAAGCCACUCCUCGAGCACUUACAAGCUCUAUAUUAUAAAGAAGAGGUUUAAGGAGUGGGGCUUUGAGAAAGGUGGGGGAACACUGCAGAAAGCCUUCAGGAGAUGUUAGGAUGCUUGCUGAGGUACUCCAAGCACCAGAACUCCUGAUCUAUAGUGAUCAUGGAAAUUUGGUGGCUGCUUUGAUGGCUAGCAAACUUGGAAUAACUCAGGGAACUAUUGCUCAUACUUACGAAAAAAACAAGUAUAUAUGAAGAUUCAGAUGCUAAAUGGAAGGAAUUAGACCCCAAGCAUCACUUUUCAUGUCACUUCACAGCUGACAUAAUUUCGAUGAAUGCAGCAGAUCAGGGAGGCCCAGCAGAAAUAAAAAAGAUGCAUGCCUUGAUAGAGAAAUACGAACUUUAUGGAGAGCCAUACCGCUGUAUUGCUGAUACAAAAGGAGCUUUUGUACAUCCAGCAUUGUACGAGAAUUUCGGUCUAACAGUCGUGGAGGCAAUGAGCAGCGGAUUACCCAUCUUUGCAACAGAUCAGGGAGGCCCAGCAGAAAUUAUUCUAAUAGUUUAAUGUGUUGUUAAAUUUUAAUAAAAAUUUAUUUUGUAACGAUUAUCUUUUAAAUUGCAAACGUUUGGAUUAAAGCAUUAAUAUAGAUUUUUACUUGCAUGCCGUUGCAGAUUUUCUUACAUUAAUCUAUUUUGUAAUUAUCUUGAAAGCUGUUUGUAAUAAAUUUUGGUUGAUUUAGUGUUUUA